GUAUCCUCAAAUUUUGUUUGGAGUUUUUGUAGUUGCAAAAACAUGUGGCUAUACUGAGCCAGCUAGAUCAAGAGCUUGUGGUUCCCCAUACAAAAUAUUACUUACUGAUUAUGAAAACAUCUGUGAGGAUGUUAUGAAAUUUAUACAAAAUUUAAAAAGUUCUAAAGAUCUGAAUAAAGUUAUUAAGAGCGUAGAAGAUUUAAAUGAAUUAAUAAUUAAAAAUAGCAUAACUUUAGCAGAAUUAAAAAAAAAUAACAGCAAAACAAGUAAAAGAAUAGACCAAUUUGACAAUGAACUAAAAAUUCCAUUAAAAGAUCUAACCAAUUUUGUUAGCAAAAUGUAUAUUGGUAGUUAUAUAAUGUUUGGUGAUGACAAAAUCAUUAACGUUUAA